CCCCGUCAUGCGAGUUUCAGCAGAGGGCACUCUGCGUCUGGCGAUGGAGGAGGCGCUUCCCCGUGCUGGUGAGAAACCUAAACACAUCGGAAAAGUUUCCAGCGCAACAUAUUUGAACAAACUUUUCAUCGGUUAUGUUUAGUUCACUGGAGCGUAUUUUUAACUGCAGUGGCAGGGGUAACAGCCCUCUUCCUACGCGCUGCUCUUAGCGGACUCGGCGAACGCUCGGGACAUCAGUGGAAGGCGUAGAGCGAAGCAGCGCCUGAAGGCAUGAGGAUGGCCAGCCCUAAAACCACAGGGUUCUCCUGGGAGAUCAUUUGGCUUGCUAUUGCUGUCUAUGCUCACCUACAGACGAGAGCAGAGCAGUCCCAAGGUGCAUACUUCUUGCCUGAGUUUGCACUUUCUCCACAGGGGAGUUUUCUUGAGGAUACCACGGGGGAACAAUUCCUCACGUACCGUUAUGAUGACCAGACCUCCAGAAUUACUCGCUCUGAUGAAGAUAAGGAUGGCUCCUGGGAUGCCUGGGGAGCCUGGAGUGAUUGCUCACGGACAUGUGGCGGGGGAGCCUCCUACUCACUGAGGAGGUGUUUAAAUGGCAGGAACUGUGAAGGUCGAAAUAUUCGAUACAAAACCUGCAGUAAUAAUGACUGCCCUUCAGAUGUUGGUGACUUCAGAGCCCAGCAGUGUUCAGCCUACAAUGAUGUCAAAUACCAGGGGCAUUUUUAUGAGUGGAUCCCUGUGUAUAAUGAUCCUACUGCACCAUGUGCCCUGAAGUGUCAAGCUCUGGGAAAGAAUUUGAUUGUGGAACUUGCCCCAAAAGUACUAGAUGGUACUCGUUGCAAUAUUGAAUCUUUGGAUAUGUGCAUCAGUGGAAUAUGCCAGGCAGUAGGCUGUGAUCGACAACUUGGGAGCAAUGCCAAGGAAGACAACUGUGGAGUCUGUGCAGGAGAUGGUUCUACAUGCAGGCUUGUGAGGGGACAAGCUAAGGCACAUGUCUCACCAGAAAAAAGGGAAGAAACUGUGAUUGCUGUACCACAUGGGAGUCGCAGUGUGAGAAUUACCCUGAAAGGACCAGCACACCUUGUUAUAGAGUCGAAGACACUGCAAGGAGACAAGGGAGAGCACAGUUUUGAUGAUCCUGGAACAUUUAUCAUAGAAAAUACAACUGUUGAAUUUCAGAAGAGUACAGACAGGGAAAUCAUAAAGAUCCAGGGACCUCUUGGAGCAGAUUUCAUUAUCAAGGCCAGGUACUCUGGAUCAAAAGAUAGUGUGGUUCAGUUCUUCUUCUAUCAACCCAUCAGUCAUCAGUGGAGACAAACAGAGUUCUUCCCUUGCACAGUGACAUGUGGAGGAGGUUAUCAGCUUAAUUCAGCUGAAUGCAUGGAUAUUCGUCUGAAGCGUGUUGUUCCUGACCACUAUUGUCAUUACCAUCCAGAAAAUAAGAAACCAAAGCCCAAGCUAAAAGAAUGCAACAUGGAUCCCUGCCCUUCUAGUGAUGGAUUUAAAGAAAUCAUGCCCUACGAUCACUUCCAGCCACUUCCUCGGUGGGAACAUAACCCUUGGACUGCAUGUUCAGUGUCCUGUGGAGGUGGUAUUCAGAGAAGAAGUUUUGUGUGUGUAGAGGAGACCAUUCAUGGAGAGAUACUGCAAGUGGAAGAAUGGAAAUGCAUGUAUGCCCCUAAGCCCAAAGUCAUUCAAACCUGCAAUUUGUUUGACUGUCCUAAAUGGGUGGCAAUGGAGUGGUCUCAGUGCACAGUGACCUGUGGCCGAGGCUUGCGCUACCGAGUAGUGCUGUGCAUUGACCACCGCGGGCAGCACGUCGGUGGUUGUAAUCCACAACUUAAACUCCACAUAAAAGAAGAGUGCAUCGUGCCAAUACCAUGUUACAAGCCAAAAGAAAAAACUCCAGUGGAAGCAAAAUUGCCGUGGUUUAAACAGGCACAUGAAAUGGAAGAGACCAUAAAAGUCUCAGAAGAGCCAACGUUUAUUCCUGAGCCCUGGUCCCCAUGCAGUGCCACGUGUGGCAGUGGCAUACAGGUGCGAGAGGUGAAGUGCCGAAUUCUUCUUGCGUUUACUCAGACUGAGGUUGACCUGCCUGAGGAGGAAUGUGAAGAUGUGAAACCACCAACAGAACGAGUCUGCCACCAGGCAUCCUGUGACAGUGAUCCUGUCCCCUAUGCACCUGAUUUUUCACAUGCUGAAGAUGGCAGUGUGAUUUAUGAUUGGGAAUACAUUGGUUUUACUCCUUGUUCAGCCACAUGUCUUGGAGGAACACAAGAAGCCAUUGCAAUGUGUCUGCAUGUAGAGACAAAGCAAGCCGUCAAUGAAACCCUGUGUGACGGUUCCAAGAGACCACCACCAAUGACCCGUGCUUGCAAUACGAAGCUUUGCCCUCCGAGGUGGCAAAGCAGCCCCUGGAGACGGUGCUCGGCUACGUGUGGGGUUGGGAUACAGACGAGAGACGUGUCCUGCCAGCAGCCGGGAGGACCUGCUGUUGCUGCUGAAGAGUGCAAAGACAAAAAGCCUCACUCUUUACAAGCUUGUAACCAGAUUGAUUGUCCCCCAGUUUGGCAUGUUGAGGAGUGGCAAGAGUGCUCACGUACUUGUGGAGGAGGGAUUCAGACCCGCAAAGUGUACUGUAAGCAGCUGCUGACGGAUGGAAGCUUCCUGAAACACUCUGAUGACACUUGCCAGGAACCUAAAUUGCCAACUACUAAACCAUGUGCAAAAGUUGAUUGUCCCCCUCAGCUGGUCUUUGGAGAAUGGUCCAAGUGCUCAGUAAGCUGCGGUGUUGGAAUCCAGAGGAGGAAACUUGCCUGCCAAAACCUAACAGCAAAGGGCCAAUAUGUCACAUUAAAUGGAUCAAUGUGUAGUGGUCUGUCUCCUUCACUGCUUGUAAGGUCUUGUCAGAUGAAUGCCUGCAACAAGAUUAAACCAAAGCUUCCAGAGAAGUAUUCCGCUCACGGACCUCAGAUUGUCAGUAUUCACCGAGUCUACAUUCAAACAAGACAAGAGAAGCGCAUUAAUUUUACCAUAGGAAGCCGAGCCUACUUACUUCCGAAAACAUCUGUUGUAAUUAAAUGCCCUGUACGGAGGUUCCAGAAAUCACUUAUCCGGUGGGAGAAAGACGGACAACACUUACAAAACUCUAAAAGGCUUGGCAUCACUAAGUCAGGCUCGCUGAAAAUACAUAGUCUUGAAGCUGCUGAUAUUGGGGUGUACCGGUGUAUUGCAGGCCCUGUGCAUGAAACAUUUGUACUCAAACUCAUUGGUACUGACAACAGAUUGAUAGAACCACCAAAUCUGAGAAAACAUACCAGUGUAGCCAGUAACACUGAUCACAAUGAGGCCAACAGCUUUGGGGCUAAAUGGCAUAAAAUGAGCAAAAUGUGGCAAAUGUGGAGUAAGAAGAAUGAGCUUUAUCUGGGUGACAGGCAAAUAAAUGAUCAGCCAUUUCUGCGAAACCUUGGAACCUUUGGGAGUAAUUCAGCAGAAGACUUCAGCUCUCGUGAAUUCAAGAAUAAACGACUGGAGGCAGCAGUUCUCCAAGGAGCCUACAGCAUGGACACUGCACAGUUUGAAGAACUGAUAAGGAACAUGAGUCAGCUCAUUGAAACUGGAGAAGUCAAUGAUGACUUGGCAUCCCAGGUCAUUUACCAAUUAGUUGCUGAAUUAUCUAAGCCUCCACAACCAACUACUGAAAAAUGGAAGGUGGCCCAGGAUGAGAAACAUGCCUCAAAACUCAAAGGCAAAUCACCAAAUGAAUCUGAACGUUUCAGCACAAAAGCUGUUGAUAAGUUAAUGUUUGACCAGAAGGUCCCAGUUAUUAUGAGGCAAAAGGAAAUUCCCCGAGUUUCCCUCAACAAAACAGUAACUGUACGAAUUGGAAAUACAGUUUAUCUGACCAAGAAUACUCACACUGUCAAUCUACUGUGUGAAACAGCUGGUAUUAGUGAAGUGAAAUAUACUUGGACAAAAGAUGGCGAGACAUUAAAAGCCUCUGAGAAGGUGAUCCUGGACACUGUUGGAAAAGUGCAGAUUCAGAGUCCUACUCAAAAGGAACUUGGUACAUAUGGAUGCCUGGUGGUUAAUGACUUUGGGUUUGAUAUGGAAACAUCACUGAUAUCGCGUGCAGAGAUGCCUGUCAUCUUGUCCUCUGUGUUAAAUGUCACAAAUCUGGAAGCCAGCAGUCUCUCGGCAGUGGUUGGAGGUACAAUUGCGGCAAGAACUGGAGCAAAUAUUACAGUUGAAUGUCCCAUGAAAGGUGUUCCCCAGCCAAAUAUAAUGUGGUAUAAGAAGAAAGACAUUCUACAAAUCAAUUCUUUCUUGAGUUUGAAUGGCUCUUUGUUUCUGAGGAAUGUGUCCUAUGAAGAUGCAGGAACAUACACUUGCAGAGCAACUAACGCUCUUGGAAAAGCUGAAGCUUCAUCUGUUAUCCACUUAACUGAACAAAGAUUUAUAGAGAAUAACACCCUAUUAUCAAAGGGAAGCAGAAGAAAGCGUGUUAUAAUGGCAUCUGGAAUUGGUACAAAUGUCAGUGUACUACCUGGAGAUCCACUGAGAAUAGGUUGCCCGGUGCUGCCAAGCUACAGAAAUACAGUUAACUGGCUUUUCAGAGACAACCCCGUUGAGGAAGUUAAGACCUUGGAAUACCGAACCCUUGUUGGGGGUCGUAUCCUAGAGGUGAACACCAGCUCUGGUCAAUUUGCUGGACAAUUCCAGUGUUGGACUUCAGCUAGUGCAAAACUAAUGUCAGUCUGGGUAAAUGUCAAGAAGGAAGAUUAUAAAUGGGAAUAUACUGAGUGGAGUACUUGCUCUACUAGCUGUGGGAACACAGGAACCCGCUCCAGAAGGCUACAGUGCAUGAACGCAGAGAAACAGAAUGUAAAUGAAUCAUUAUGCAGAGAGCUGCAAAAGCCAGUGAUUACUUACGAGUCAUGCAACACAGAUGACUGCCCUGCCAGGUGGAUAACUAGUCCAUGGUCUGAGUGCUCUGCAUCGUGUGGCAGUGGAUUUCACUAUCGACAAAUAACUUGUCAACAAGUGAAAGCUAAUGGCAGUGUGCUGACAGUGCUGCCGGAGGCUUGCAUACAUGGAGAUCGUCCCAUGGGAAGGAAACCCUGUCUGGGUCCCUUGUGUGCAGUGGGGACAAUGCAGACAAAAGGAGAGUGUUCUGGUCGCUGCAUAGGCCGCCCUGUAGGCUUACACCAUCGUCACAUUAUAUGUCAACUUCGUAAUGGAUCCUUGGUGUCAAACUAUUCUUGCGAUGAAAGAAAGAGGUCUCCUGUCAGAAGAAACUGCUCUUCAGAGGCAUGUGAUGUCUACUGGCGGACAGGCCCUUGGAGGCCUUGCAGUGUGGACUGUGGGAGUGGAUUUCAGUCAAGACGAGUGUAUUGUGUACACAGAAAGAAUAACAAACUUGUGGCUGAUCAGUACUGUGGAUGGAGGAAGAGACCAGUGACCUGGCAACACUGCAAUGGCACAGCCUGCAGCAGUGUGUAAAUGUUUAUUUAUAUAUGAGCAUAGUAAUAGUUUGUAGCAGUUAUAUUAGAAAGUGACUCACAGUUGUACGCUAAUGAUUCUGCAAGCAUUUGAUUGUACAUCAAAGGUAAAACUAUCCUCUCCAAGGAGUACUUCACAGUCCUGGGGUUAUUUUUCUCUGAGUAGGCCAGUUUGAUAUUAAAGCCUCAAAAGCACUUUUAGAAACAGGAUAUUUAGGAAGUUGUUUUAUGCAAACUUCCCUACAUGACUGCGCCAGUUGUGACUCAUGAGUCUCUGGGCAAGCUGUUAAUUCCUGAAAGAUGGGGUAGUUUUAUGAAACAGAAAAUAGGUAAAUGGAUGCAGUGAGAUCACACCUCUUAUUUGUGACCUAGCUCAGCUUGGAGUCCACUGCUGCCAGAAAUGCAAAGUAAAAUAACUGCAAAGCUACCAAGGAAUCCACCAGUUGUUUACAAUUACAACAA